UAAGCCAAGAUGGCACUGAACGCAAUGGAACGUUUGCCAAGAGAUGCAUUGUUUCCCCCCAGCUGGUCUCCUACGCUUGCUCGAGGCUUGCUCUGCUUGGAGUCGAUGGAGAAUGCAUCAAGAAUGCCGCUACGCAUAAGUUUCUUGGCGAUGAAUAUUAUCCAAAGAAUCUUCCACGCAGAACCUCAAAGGGAACUCCGGGAGCCAAUCCGGAGUCGUAAUAAGGAAGCAUGCGCGGAAUCAAUGGACUGCUGA